AUGGAUAUUAUUUUUCAAUUACCACCUGAACUUCAAGUUGAAAUCAUCGAUCAUUUAGAUUUUGCAACCCUCCAUCAAUUGAUGCGAACAAAUCUACAACACAUAGCUGUUGAAUCAUUUCAUAGAGUCUACAAAAGACCAGAGUUCUCUUCUGGAAGAGAAAUAACUAUCUAUAAAGCCACUACUGGCAACAGAGCAGCGGUCACUUUAAUGCUUGAAUUGGUUAAAACCGAUCUAGAUUUACUGUUUGAAUUGGUUUUCAAGCCUCACGAUACACCCGAGGGACAAUUGGUUACAGUCAGAUUCACAGAGCCACUAGAAAUUCGUCAGUUUGAUCAAUGGAUGGAAAAACACAAUCUCAGAAUGGAAUUCAAUAUCGAAAUCAACAUGGAAUCAUACAGAUAUGAACCAUUUGCCAAAUACGUAUUGUAUGGCGCACCAAUUGUUCAAAGAUAUGCCAUACUUAAUGACAACAUUUACAAGGAAACCAUUAUUUGUAAGCUUGUCCGAUUUCCUUACCCAUUGAAUCCUGGUCAUUGUGAAAUUCAAUAUAUUAAAAUCUUGAAGAAAUUGAAACUAGAUGACAUGGAUCAAGGAAUUUGGGAAUGGGCAGUCAUAUCUAAUGAAGAUAGGAGACACAAUCUUGCAAGAACUUUUGAUCUUGCCAAUGCCAUUGAAACCGAUGAAAUGGUGUAUUGUAACAUUUCAUCUCGUAUGAGACGUAUCAAAUUGAUCGAACCCGUUGCCGAACAAUGGAGAAUAUUGGAUAUCGAUGAUUCUUGUAAAGAAACCUGGCUAACCAAAGACGGUGAAUUCAUUCCUACUGUCACUUACCAUCAUUUCUAG